AUGGGCCACCGCAAUCCUAUCGAUACCCCUAUUCCGGGUGACUUUUUUGAUGGAGUUUACGAGUAUAUCAAUCAGAUGCUUAUGGAAGAGGAUGACUCGUUGUUCCCAGAUUGCUCGGCUCUCCAGGCCACUGAGAAGUACUUCUGCGAAGCACUCUGCGAAAGAGACUUUUCGGGCUCCCUUGAUCUCAUUAGGCCUCCAUCAGAUGCUCUUCCCCGAACAAUCGUUGAUCAUUCGAAUGAUGAAUCUACGAACAACCUUGUGGAGUCAUUCUUGAUGCCUGAUCAAGGCAGAUUUGAUUUCAAAGGUGAUGAUGGGAGGAAGAAAAAUCAUGGUCGAGAUUAUGGUGAUUGCGGAGAAGGGCGGAGCAGUAAGCAAUUGGCAAGCUAUGAUGAAGAGUUAGAGCAAAGUGAGAAAUACGACAAGGCAUUACUCUGUCCUAAGAUGAACCCUGGUUUCUACAAUGAAUCCCCAGCUUGUCACUGUGAGGAAUCAUCAGAAAAUGAAGGCAAAAACAAGCAGCAGUAUAGAAAGCCAGCAGAGUCAAAACGAGGAAGGCCACGAUUCAGUAAAAUAUCAGGCACUAUAAAAGAAGUGAUUGAUCUUAGGAGCCUCCUAACUCGCUGUGCACAAGCUAUGGCAGAUUAUAAUACCGCAACUGUGAAUGAACUUCUGAAGCAGAUUUGGCAGUAUUCUUCUCCUUAUGGCAAUGCAACUGAAAGAUUGGCACAUUGCUUUGCUAACGCCCUUGAGGCACGCGUUGCUGGCACUGGAUCAGCACUGUAUACGGCUCUCACUUCGAGGAGGAUGCCAGCUGCAGAGUUACUAAAAGCUUAUCAAACAUAUGUUGCAGCAUGCCCCUUCAAAAGAAUGUCGAACAUGUUUGCAAAUAAAUCCAUAGGGAGAUUAACAAGGGAAGCUACAAGAAUUCACAUAAUUGAUUUCGGUAUUCUGUAUGGCUUUCAAUGGCCUUGCCUAAUCCAGGGCAUCUCCCUGAGGCCGGGUGGAUCUCCACUUCUUCGGAUUACAGGAAUAGAUUUUCCUCAGCCAGGAUUCAGGCCAGCAGAGAGGGUCGAGAAGACAGGGCACCGCCUAAUGAAUUAUUGCAAAAGAUUCAAUGUUCCAUUCGAGUACAAUGCCAUUGCCAAGAAAUGGGAUACUAUUAGUCUUGAGGACCUCAAGAUUGAAAGAGAUGAAAUGGUGGUGGUGAAUUGUAUGUACAGGCUAAGACAUGUACCCGAUGAAUCAGCAGGACUCGACAGCCCAAGAGAUGCUGUCUUGAACUUGAUCAGGAAGAUUAAUCCCGACCUUUUCGUCCACGGAAUCGUUAACGGGACAUAUGAUGCUUCAUUUUUCACGACAAGAUUCCAGGAGACACUAUACCAUUACUCUUCACUUUUCGACAUGCUGGACGGGACAAUUCCCCGUGAAGAUCAAGACAGGUUAUUGUACGAGAGAGAAGAGUUCAGGAGGGAUGUAAUGAACGUCAUAGCAUGUGAAGGACCCGAAAGGAUAGAACGACCUGAAACAUACAAGAAAUGGCAGGUCCGCAAUCAGAGGGCCGGUUUUAGGCAGCUCCCACUAAACCAGGAUAUCGUGAAAGAAGCAAAGGCGAAGGUGAGGAAAGGUUACAACGACGGCUUUCUGCUAGAUGAGGAUAGUGAUUGGAUGCUGCAAGGAUGGAAAGGUCGCGUAAUGUACGCUCUCUCAUGUUGGGUGCCUGUGUGA